CUGCAGCUCCCUCCCUGCUUUGGAGGAGGACCGGAGGCGGGCUACGUUUGGUGGGAAACGCUGUAAUUUCCUUUUUUACUCUCACAGUAGUAGUGCAGUAUCCACAAUGAAUGUCCUCUUUGUAGCCAUCCUUGCUGUGCCACUUAUCCUGGGACAAAAAUAUGAGGAUGAAGAAGGACUGGAAGAGGAUGAUUAUUAUCAAGUGAUCUAUUAUUAUACAAUCACCCCCAAUUAUGAUGACUUUGGUGCAAAUUUCACUGUUGAUUACUCUAUAUUUGACUCAGAGGACAGGCUGAACAGCUUAGAUAAGAAGGUAACAGAAGCAGAAGAGACUACCAUUAGUCGUGAAACAGAACAUGCAGACCAUCAGAGGCCUUUAACAGUGAAACCAGUGACAAUGGAACCAAGUCCAGACAUGAACCAUGCUGCAUCCAGUCUGCAGAGUCCUGUUUCCCUUCUCCUGUCCUGGGCCCUCCUUGAGGGGUGGAUGUAUUUCAUGUAGAAGGAGAGAGAAGGCUGCUGUGACUCUUUGGAAAUUUGGGAAGAGGAAAUUGGAAGAUAAAAUAAAUAAAUGAAAUAACCUGGUUACUCUCUACUCCUUCAUGAAGGUCUGUUCUAAAGCCACAAUACUAAAGAGAGCGCCAGGAUAUGGAGGUGGGAAGGGGUAGAUUAGAAAGGGAGGGAGGUGACAAUAGUAUUGGGACUGAAUAAACCUGAAAUUUUGGGAGGAAUGGAGAAGAGCACCCACAGACAACAAGUUUAUUAACAAUCCAUGAUUCCCUCUAAUUCUAUUGCUUUAUUAUAUAUGGUGUUCAAACUGU